AACCGAACCCUUAAUUUCCGAAUUAUAGAGUAGGAUUUCAGUGGUUACUUUAUCAUGUCGAGUGCGCCAAUUUCUCUUUCGUAACCCUUUUUCUCUUUUCUGGCCAACAAACCAAUCAAUAUACGCGGUCCAAAUCAACCACAAUAUAAGCUCCCCCUUUUUUAGGGUUCCAAUUCCAACAAAACAUCCCCCUUACCUUUCUCUUUCUCCUUCCCCUUUUUUCAUUUUCCCUUUCCCUUCUCCACUCAACAAUUCAUCAAUCUUGUAUAACUUUUUUCCUCUCGUUUUAGUGAUGGUGAAGAUUUCAUAGCCUUAAUAAUUUAGAGUUCGUUUUUGGGUUCUUGAAUUUUGUGCAUUUCAAAUCUUAAGUCUGCGUGAAAUAGGGUACGACCCUUUCCCAGACCCGUGUACAACGGGAGUUAGUGCAUUGGGCUGACCAAAUCAUUUCGAUCAAUCUUGAUCAUAAUUCGAUUGUUGUAGUGCAUAAUUUUUGUGGGUUUGCUGCUAAUUCCCUUUUGAAUGUUUUGAUUUUUAGCUAUUUUUUCAUAUGGGUUUUUAGAAUUUGAUAUAAAAUUCCACUUUUUAAAGAAACUUUUGGACUGAAAUUCCAAAAAUGCCAGCUGAAUUUUGUGAAUUCCGAAUAAAUCCCAUCGUUCUUGAUCAUAAUUAGAUUGUUUUAAUGCGGAUUUUUUGUGGGUUUCCCACUAAUUUCCAUUUUCAAAAUUUCAAUUUUUAUCUGUUUUUCCAUCUGGGUUAUCGGAAUUUUAUCUAAAUUCCACUUUUUUUUUUUUAGAAAAUUUUGGUUUGAAAUUUCAAGAUUUCUAGGGUAUUUGAUUGUUUAUUUAUGUAAAAGAAAUGCGAGCUUUAUAGAUUUUUGUGGUGCUUGAAUUUGGUGAAUUCCGAAUCAUUUCCAUCAAAUUCUUGAUCAUAAUUAGAUUGCUAUAGUGCGGAAUUUUCGUGGGGUUACCACUAAUUUCUGUUUCAAAGUUUCGAUUUUUAGCUGUUUUCCCAUCUGGGGUUUGGAUUUUGAUCUAAAUUUGGAGAUUUUGGGCUAUUUAUUUGUUUCGUGUAAAAAAUUCAAGAAAUGCCAGCUACAGAUUAUCAAGGGGCAUCUGCUUUUGGGCGAUCCGUUUUAAGCUUACGUCGUGAUCAUCAAGUACAUUCGAUGGAAUCUGCUCAUGAAGGAACUAGCCAAGAACUUGAACUUGAAGCAUUUCAAAGGCAAGUAGCUGAGGGUUUCAAUGAUUUGGCAGCUGCAGACUCUGAUCAGUUACUUUCGAUUCCAUGGAUUCAUAAACUAUUGGAUGUGUUCCUUUCUUGCCAAGAACAGUUUAAGUCCAUUGUGUGUAAGAAUAAGGGGUUCUUGAAUAAAUCUGCUGCGGAUCGUUACGUGAUGGAGUAUUUUGAAAGGAGUGUGAAAGCUUUAGAUGUGUGUAACGCGAUACGUGAUGGGAUUGAGUUGAUCAGGCAAUGGCAGAAGCAGUUGGAGAUUGUUUAUUAUGCGUUGGAUAACCAAAGGAGUAUUGGGGAAGGACAAAUCCGUCGUUCUAUGAAAGCUUUGAUUGAUUUGGCAAUUGGAAUGCUUGAUGAAAAAGAGAGUAAUUCAGGUUUUGCUCAUAGAAACAGAUCAUUUGGACGAAACAAUGCUCAGAAGGAUCAUAAUUCGUUAGGCCAAUUCCGAUCAUUGUCAUGGAGUGUAUCACGGAAUUGGUCUGCUGCUAAGCAACUUCAAGCAUUUGGUCAAAACUUAGUUGCUCCGAAAGCUAAUGAAAUUAUUGCCACUAAUGGAUUAGCUGUAGCUGUUUUUACAAUGAGCUAUGUGCUUUACUUUGUAAUGUGGACGCUUGUGGCUGCAAUUCCUUGCCAAGAUCGUGGCCUUCAAACACAUUUUCAUGUUACUAGGCAAUUCAUUUGGGCUGCUCCAUUGCUCUCCCUCCAUGAGAGGAUUCUGGAUGAGUCAAGGAAGAGGGAGCGUAGAAAUGCUUGUGGAUUGUUGAGGGAGAUCAGUAAGAUUGAGAAAUGUGCACACCACAUGAAUGAAUUGACUGAUACCAUUCACUUUCCCCUUUCAAAGGAAAAGGAAGGGGAAAUGAAGCAAAGAGUUCAGGAGCUUGGGCAAGUGUACUAUGGCCUAAAAGAUGGAUUAGGCCCUUUGGAGCUCCAGGUUAGAGAAGUGUUUCAUAGGAUUGUUCGAAGCAGGACUGAAGGGCUCGACUCUAUCGGAUGAGGGAUCCACAAGUGACAUAGGUAAUCAAGAUUCCAUUUAGAGUUGUAGUAGUCGAGUGUAUGUGUGUCUGCAACCAUUGUUUAGAAGAGAGCAGAUUAUGCUCUCCGUCCUCCCUUUGUUAGAUGAGAAGAAGAGGGCGGGUGAAAUGGUGCAAUGUCCAAAAUAGUUUAACAAGGUAAAGUCGUGUAUUUAGCACUAUGUACUAUGUAAAGAAAUGGAAGUAGUUGGAUCUCUGGUCCAUGUUGUGGUGUUCAUCUUGUUUGAGUUUGUAUUCAAAUUACUCAGUUGUCUUUUACUGAGUUUCAUUUCAACAUUUUGCUUAUGAUACUGUAAUUGGUGAUAUAUAUCAAUGCCUGAUGCAUUUAUUGAA